ACCACCUCCCGACCCUCCUCCCCAUCUACAGCCACAGCUCAUCCAACGGCGCUUACCUUGCUACUCUCCAAGAAAUUCUUCGAUCUAUCACUAUAGUAACAACCGAUCUCAGAAGUCAUCAUGCCUUCUUCAGGACAAGGAUGGACCGACAAGGAGAAGCUCGCCUACAUCAUUAUGCUCCUCGACGGCACCUCCAUCGACUGGAACAAAGCGCUCAUCCCCGAAGGCCGCACCCUGAUCGCCUGCCAGAAAAUGCUUCAGCGCACCAAAGAGGCCGUCAAAGUGGAGCUGGCUUACCUCAAGAACGGCAGCAGCAGUACCAACGCCACCAACGCAACCAAUUCCAAAAGCGCUGGAACCAAGCGCAGUGCCCCAAAGCUGAACGCUGGCAAGAAGAAGAUCGCUGGAGACGAGAACGGCAGCAAGAAGGGACAGAAGCGUACCCAGAGCGUCCAGGAAGACGACGACGAAGAUAUCGACUAUUUCGUGACUAAGAAGAUCAAGAUCGAGCCCAAGUAUGAUGAGGUGGAGGAGCAGGACAUCGUGGAUGAUGUCGUCUGAACGCACAUGAUACACGCCCCAGCUUCGCCUGUGUUCCUCGAUGACUUCUUUCCCGGCUAGCGCUGUCAACGGCCCCUCAAACGGCUAUGGAGAUUUUUGAACUGCAAGCGUUCUGGCGCAGCAUUGGGUAUCUGAUUUGGAUGGGAUAUGGCGUUAUCUGGGCCCGACUUGACUUGCCAGACAGUUACAGCAACGCAGC